GUGCAGUUGCUAUAUGGACCGUAUUGGAAUAUCGAUUCUGAGAGCGAGAGAGCAGUUUUCAUAUCGAUUGAAAGCUUGGAACGAGGAUCUUUCUUUCGGUUGAGGCCACAAACUGUGCCCCGACACAAAGGCGGUAGGCGACUAGCGAAUCCGCCCCAACAUCUUGACGAUUAAUUGCGGCAUCGUCAUCAUCAUUCACUAGCCUCGGAAAAUUACUCAUCUUUGGCCGGGAAAUUCCGCUGCGAAACUUUCCUCUCAACAUCUACCUCCACCAUGCCGGAACCCACGACAGACACAGAUUCCCUCGGGGAGGUAAUCCCCCCGAGGAAGGGGUCCGGCGCCUCUCAGAAGUCGAGCAACAGCAGCGAAGGAUCCGACAAGAAUCUUAAGAUGGGAGACACCGAGGUUGUCUUCCUUGAGCCGCUCAACUCCAAGUACGAGUGCGUGUUCUGCAACCAGGUGCUGCGGUACCCGGUACAAUUCGAGGAGUGCGGUCACCGGUGUUGCACCUCUUGCUUGCCCAGUCUUUUACGUGUUGCCCCUCGAUGCCCCUUAGAUCAAGCGCCAGUUUCCAGAGAUAGUGUGUACGUGGAUACAGCUUUUGGGCGGGAAAUCAACGAGUUGGAAGUGAAGUGCCCCAACCAUGGCAGAGGGUGCGGAUGGAAUGGCGUCCUCAACGAUAACAAGACCCAUUUCCAGCAAUGCAUGUACAACGAGGUGGACUGCCCCAACUCCUGCGGCGCCCACUUCGAGAAGCGGUUCCUGGAGGCCCACGUGAACGAAGACUGCACCAAGCGGAUGAUCAUGUGCGAGUUCUGCGACAAGAAGAUCUUCUACAAGGACGAGAUUGCCCACAUGAACGCCUGCAAGAAGUUCCCCGUGCCCUGCCCCAACGGCUGCAAGCUGACCGACAUUCCUCGGGAAAAGGUCAAGGAUCACGUUGAUGCAGACUGCCCUAAGGCCAAGAUACAGUGUCCUUUCAAGGACAUGGGAUGUGACUUCAAGUGUGAACGACAGAAGAUGCAGAAACACGUGCAGGACGAACCCGUCGAACACAUGACGUAUGUGGGAGAGACGAUGGUCAAACAAGCCACCCUGCUUGGGAAACACCAAGCUAUGCUCCUCGAUCAUAAGGAUUCGUUGGGCUCCUGCGUGCAGAAGGUCCACGACCUGGAGAUGCUGUACGGCUCCCAGCUGGUCUGGAAGAUCGACCGCUACGCCGAGCGGGUACAGGAAGCAAAGACCAACAAGAAAGUCACCAUCUUCAGUCCGCCAUUCCUGACCAGUCGUCAUGGUUACAAGCUGGCUAUCUCGGCAUGCUUGAACGGGGACGGCAAAGCCAAAGGCCACUUCAUGUCGGUCUUCGCCUGCAUCUGCAAGGGCGAAUACGACGCCCUCCUGCCUUACCCCUUCUCUCACCGCAUCACCUUCACCUUGAUCGACCAGUGCCAGGACCCCUCGGCGCGCCGGAACAUCGCCUACACCAUCAAGCCCAACCCGUGCAAGGAGAACAAGCCGUUCCUGGGCCGGCCCGUGGGCGACCGCAACGCCAGCUUCGGCACGCAGAAGUUCGUGCCGCUCAACACGCUCAAGACGCUGGACUACAUCAGGGACGAUACCAUGUUCAUCAAGGUCCACGUGGAUUACAACGACAUGAUUCUGUUGUGAAUCUUGGAGGUCCAAUUAAGGCAAAUUCUUUUUUUUUUAGUCCCCGAGUAAUAAAACCCUGAGAGAGGUACCCAGACGCCAAUUCAAUUUGUUUCAUACAAAGUCAUCGGUCUUUUGAGAUUUGGCGGACACCGUACUGUAAAUGCACAAGAUUUUACCAAAAAGGAUAGCGUCCUGAUCCUAUGUAACGUUUUCAGUGUAUUUUCAAACAAAAUUUGAAAAUUCGGAUUACUUUUCUCACUCCCAAAUUCGUGUUUCUCCAAUGUAUUUCCAUUGAACGUCUGUAUCUCUGACGUCAUUAUCUAAUUAUAAUACACUGUACUUCUUAAAGAGUGACUUCGCUCUAAUUAUUAUCUACUUUUUUCUAAGGGGUGAUUUUUGCCUCAAUAUAGUUUCAAGAAGAUGUUGACCCUAUUAAUUACACUGCAAAAAAUUAACUCCGUGUGAUUUUUAUUGCAACGUAUACGGUACCGGUAGCUGUCGAGUUGCAGUGUGGACACUGCUAGUGUUAAUUUUACACUCUGUUUUUUUUGUCUAGGAAGGUAGAAGAGAUGGUGUCAGUUGCAUAAUUCAGGGUCCAAUUUUCAGGGGGCUCGGGGAUCGUUCCACGGACCCAGGGGUUUCAAACCACAAAAACUCCAUGUUCAAGAGAGGGAGCCCUCUUGCGGGGGCCGUGCCUCGUUCCCCUUGCCCUUUCGGUUAAAUAUCCUGUGCACAACAAAUGUGUAUAUAACAGUUUUAAAAAUCGCUUCUUUAAUAAAAUGAACCAUUUCAAAAUAUUACAUUUUGCUUUUAGGGAAUAAUAUUGGGGAUUAAUGUUUA